CUUUGUAUCAUGGAUAUGGACUUAAAAGCCUCUAAACGCGCCGAAAUUGAACAAUUUCUGUUGGAUGUGCGUGCGCACUUUCGAGCCUCGCUGGCAACAUCCGAGUAUGAGAACACCUCGAAUUUGUUUCAUGUCACAGCCGCCGAGCAAACGCAGGAGCUGCUCCAGCGCUGCGACCAGCUGCUGGCCAGCAUUGCAGACGAGCAGGCGGCAACAAAACCAACAACAGCAACAAUAGCAACAACAACAACAGCAUCACCAGCAACCAGCUCCAUUAAAUUGAAUGGCAGCAGCGACUCUGUGGAGGGCAAAGUGGGCGCUGAGACCGGUUGCUAUCUGGCAAUGUUGUCCUCCACAGACCAAGCAGCAGCAGCAGCAGCAUCAUCGGCAGCAGCAACGACAAGCUCGUCGAGGAACUCAUUGUCCGCCUCGCGGGAGUACAUCGAUAUAAGCAGCAAUCCAUCGCUGAACAGUGAUAAAAUCCAGCAGUCGGAACUGGAGCAGUCGCAGCCGCAGCAGCUGUACGAUGUUUGCCAUGCGCCCGGCGAGGAGGAGGAGACCCAACAGGUCUUUGCACACGAGCUGUUCAUCAAUUGCCCCUAUGCGGAUCUGCCGGCUGGUCACUUGGCGCUGCAGCGUUCCAUCAAAUACGGCCAAUUGCAUCGGAUCGAGAAGCGCCUGUUCUUUGAUCAGAGCAAGAAAUAUUAUUGCGGCAUACUGAACGAUUGGAUGCUCUGCUAUGCGGAUGGUCCGACCUCCUGCCGGCCCAGCAGCAGUCUCUACCUGAAGAGUUCGGCCAUUGAGAUCGAGCACUUUGGUGAGGGUAAACGUCGUGAGGUUUGCUUUCAAAUCACAACAGCUGAUCCCGGCAAGAAGUUUGUGUAUCAGGCGAACAACGAGGUCGAUGCCAAAGAGUGGAUACAUGCCAUUGAGGCGGCCAUCCGGGGUGAUGCCAUUGCCCAGGCGACGCUGAAAACGUUGCGCAAGCUGCCCACGCCGCCGGUCAUGAAGAGAAACAGCUACACGCCCACAGCCACAUCAGCAACAACGGGAACGGGAACAGGAACAAACAACGACAGCAUCUACGAGGAGCCAUCGCCCAUAUAUAACUUUGGUGAGACGGUAACGACGCCCCCGCGUCUGCCCGAGAAGUGCAACAGUCCGAGCGCGCUGGCCAAACGUUUCGAAUAUGACAUACCAAAGUGUCCACCACAGCCGCUGGUCAUGGACGAUGAAGGAUCGGCCGGCGGCGAGGUGGAAACCGCUGAGCUGCUCAAUGGAGGUGCUAUUGCUGCUGCUGAGCUAAAGGCACAGCCGCAACCUUCCAGCCUGCAUGGCAGCUUGGCUAUGGACUUUCAAGCCAAGGUGAAAACGGUACACAGCGAGCUCUCUAGUCAGCUGACGAGUCCGGAGCGUCUGAAGAAGGCCGUCAAGAAGACCUACUCAUGCGGCAACAAUGAACCCGAAAUGCUCUCGCUCACCAAUCCCACAUUGGGCAACAGUCCAGUUACACUCAAGGAGCAGAAGAAACAGCGCAAAUCGCAGACACCCCAAACGAGUCCACAGAAGACGCCCGGCAAGGACUGUGACAAGCUGGCGCGCAAUUGGUUCCUCAGUCGGCUCAACAAGUCCAGUCAGGGCCCGAGCACACGCUCGACGGCCAACGCUACCAGCAAUCCCACCACCAGCACACCAUCAAAUGCCAAGUGCAAGCAGAGCGAAAAGGAGAAUCUGCUCAAUGGAGUCGAUCUCUGCGAUGGCAGCAGCAGCAGCUACGAUGGAGCGCCUAACGAACAACAGCCGAGCAGCAAUCCCACAUCUCCCUGCCUCAAGUCCGAAUCCAAGAGCAAGGUGAACAUGAUCAUCAAUCAGUUCGAGAGCAGCGGUCACCUGUCCACCAUGUUCAGCGUGGAGGCAUUGGCUGCCAAUGCAUUGGCCUCGCUCACCUCCUUUUGCGAGAGCGACAACUGCAACAACUACGAGCCCAUCAUGCCGUUGGCCACGACACCCAGCAGCUUUCUCAAAAAGGUGUAGCUGUGGGGUGUACCAGGAGUCCCGCAGCUGGAUCAUACAUGCAUAUAUAGCACUUAUACACAUCUAUCUAUAUAUAUAUUUAAUUAAGGCUAGCGACAAAAACACGCGCACGCACAUUUUCAUGUUUAUCUUCAACAUUGACAUAAAAUUUUAAUAUCAAAACAUAAAUUGCUAAUAUA